AUGGACUUCAAGAUCGCGGGCGAAGGCGGAAACGCCGUGCUGCAGACCAUCCACGCCAGCGAGGGCGGGCGGGCCAUUCGGCUGCUGCAGCAGCGGCAGCAGCUGCAGCAGCACCUGCAGCAGGCGAAGGAAAAGUUGGAAACAAAAGGCAGCAAAAGAAAAAACAUCAACUGGGGAGGCUCUGUGGCCGACAGACUCGAAGAAGAAUUCAAAAAAGAAACUGUCGGCCUCGUCACUGCGGAGGACUUCAAAGAACGCAGGCAGAAGCUGCAGCAGCAAAUCCAGUUUGCUGCCAAGGACCUCUUCACCAGCAAACAAGAAAGGAGGAAAUAUGAAAUGAAAAUGGUGAAGAGCAAAUUGUCUUUUGGAGAUGACGAAGCUGAAGAAGUGGCAGCUCAAGAAAUAAAAGAAGAAAAAGAAAUAAAUGAAAUGAAUAAAAUGAAUGAAAUAAAUAAAUUAAAUGAAACAAAUGAAAUAAAUAAAAUAAAUACAGAAAUAAAUAAAGAUAUUAAUUGCUCAGUCAAAGGAGAAUCAAAUUCCGAGUCGGCGGACCCGCGCAGCAGCAGCAGUGCAGCAGCAGCAGCAGCAGGAACAGCAGCAGCAGCAGCAGCAGCAACUGGGGCUUGCACAGCUCUCGUGAAAGUCAAACAGGAAGAGUCUCCAAGUCCGGAGAAAACAACAGAGCCAACUUUUAAGAUCCGGAAGCGAAUUUGCAAAGACCCAACUGUCGACACGAGUUACCUCCCUGAUAAAGAAAGAGACGCAAAACUGGCGGAAGAAAGACAGAAAUUAAUUGAAGAGUACAGACGAAAAGAAGAGGAGGAAAAGAGAAUGCCGCUGACAGUCACCUUCUCGUACUGGGACGGCUCGGGGCACCGGCGGCGCCUCCAAGUGCUGCGGGGAAUGUCCGUGGGGGAGUUUUUGGAAAGAGCAAAAAGAGAAUUGGAAAAAGAAUUCGUCGAAGUUCGCUCGGUGCCUGCGGAGAACCUCCUCUACGUCAAGGAGGACCUCAUUCUGCCCCACCACAUAACAUUUUUUGAAUUGAUAAAAAGCAAAGCGCGGGGCAAGUCGGGGCCUUUGUUUCACUUCGGGGCUUUUGAUGAUGUUCGAGUUUUUUCGGAUAUUCGAAAAGAAAAAGAAGACUCGCAUGCAGGAAAAGUGGUGGACAAAAAGUGGUUUGAAAGAAACAAACACAUCUUCCCCGCCUCCAGAUGGGAAGUCUUUAACCCGGCGAAGAUUUACGACACGUACACCAUAAGGGGCGACGAGCGAAUGUGGAAGGGCGUGGCGGACCACAGCAGCUUCGUGCCACUUUCGUGA